GCCCGGCCUCCGCACGGGACACACGUUCAUUGGGGGUAGCGAUCUCGCGCUCGAACUAACUCAUCCAGUCGACCGCGUUUCUCACUGACACUACACAUUCGUCUAGACGCCUGGUAAGCUGUAGUCCUGGCGUGACAGUUAUUCUGGUGACAAGUUUAAGCAUUGUGAAGUAAGUCAGGAAGAUGGCGGCAUUCGUGGCGAAACAGAUGGUGGGCAACAAACUGAGCGCCGUUAAAGGGGCUGUAGGUGGUGACGGUGAUGACAGCGAUGACAAGGAAAAGGAAGAGGAAGCCGAACGUGAACGUCAGGAGGCCAUCCGCGAGGCCGAGGAGAGACGCAAGGAGAAACAUCGCAAGAUGGAGGAAGAGAGAGAGAAGAUGCGCCAAGAGAUAAGGGACAAGUACAAGAUUCCCAAAAAGGAGGAGAUAGCGGAACAACAACAACAAGAACCGGACAACCCUCUGAUGAGGAAGAAGAAGACGCCGGAGGAACUAGCCGCGGAGGCGGAGCUCGAGGAUCAGGACGAGUUUACCAAACUGAAGAACACCAUAGAAACACAAGUGAACGAACUCAAGUCCCAGAUCGAGAGCAAGUGCGUGAUGCAGUGAACACGCCUCCACCAAUACAUGAUGUAGCUGUGCGAGUCACCGUCACAACCCGAAACCCGACACUCGACACUAGACACCCGACACUUAACCCCCAAUACCCGACAACCAGCCCCCAACACCUGACAUCCAGCCCCCAAAAUAAUAUUUCGUUCAGAGACCACCCCGCGCUCAAAUUUUGUUGUAGGAAAAGUCUAAAGUAAAUUAAAAACAUUUUUUCGGAACGUAGUUGGCUAGUGGCGCGUUGGUGCUUGAUAAUGAGCAAUAAUAUUUUUAUACAUUCAUAAAAUGAGAGCGGCCCUCGUCAGCGGAAAUAGUCACGAUUCUAAAACGUUAGGUCAAAAAGUCAUCUUCGAAUGGACUACAGGCCACCAGCUGCCAGGCGACCGACCGACUCCCUCGUCGUAUGACGCUUGUGAUAUGUUGUUAUUUAAGUGUAAAGUGAAUAAAUUUAAUGCAAUGAGGGAAGGAAGGUAAUUUAAAAUGUAAUCACGCGUGUGCACUCAACUCGACACUUCAUCGUUCUUCUACAGUCUGCUCGGAAUUCGAUUUACAUUGAAAUAACAAUGUAUUCGUCCUCGAUCGAUUUGUUUCAUCCAAAUUCCUCUCGGCUUGUCUCGGUGUGUGGCUUCGCUCUGCUCACUUCGGCUCUUCGACUUUUGCCUCGGAAUCUUUUGCAUGCGCGCUUUGCAGUGUAUCGAUAGAGUCAGUCAGUGUCUGUGUGUUAUUUUUAGGUUACCUAGCCGUACGUACGUAACAUAGCCUUAAUGUCCACAUCGAAUAUGUUAUACCGCGUCUCAUUAAGUUCUCGCAUGUCUUAUGUAAGGUCGAUGUUUAGAGUAAUGUAAAGUCGUAGUCGAACGAGACCUCUUGUUUUCCCGUCGAGCCGUGUUAGCGUAGUUGGCGCGACUCUAACGUUUUAUCGAUGUUUUAUGCUUAGGAUAAAGUAACGACGUGCGAGCGAAUCUUUCGAACGAUUAACGUCAGUGCGUGGCCGGUCCGCCGUCGGGUCGCCGGGGCUAAUGGUUCGAAUCAUUGUCUCCACUAAUAAACUGCAAAUGCAAAAGAUUUGUUAUCGUCAAAAGCUGUGAUAUAUGAAUAUAAUAAAGUAUCGCUGUACGCGGGACGCAGGACGCGGUCCGUCCGCGAGCACUCACUCUCUCGACUCCUCGGUCCUAUACCUUCACUCUCUGACGUCUUCUUUACUUGUUUACGGUCGUCCAACUUCUUGUAGACUUCGAGUUCUGCUACUAAUUCUGUCAUGGUACCAGCACAUCAUGUAUUUCUAUGGUUAGUUUUUUAUUUUACUUCUAUAGCAGCUUGCUAGUUGUUUGUUGAGCGUUGUUUCUUGUGAUCCCUUCUUGACCGGGUCUAGUGCCUACGUCCACCCUAAUGUAAAUAUGAUCAGGUCCACUCCUCACCGAGUCUUCGUCUUCUGAUGAAGUCACUCCUCUAUGCUACUCAAUAUUUUAAGCUUCUUGCUAUAACAUUUCGUUGCACUCUGCUACAGUCAUGUGAAGUCGGAGUCACGGCCGUCUUCUGAACUUCACUGGAUCUACUAAUGUUAAGAUAUCUUCACCAUGUACGUGUCUAGUCUAGUCUAGUCUAGUCUAGUCUAGGCGAUGUUUAACAUGUAUUACUGUAUUACAUUUCUAUAUACGUGCAUGGCUACCGUAGCUAAACUGUUGUUCGUAGUAAAUAAACAAUAAUAGUGUUAAGAUAAUCUCGGACCUGUUAUAAAUGUUUAACAAGACCAAUAUUUCCUUCUCUUCUGCGGUCCUUCUCUUUCUCGUCCUCUCUUCUUCUUCUAUCGUAGUUACUGUACUGUAAUCUUCGUUGUUGGCUCUCACGUAGUUGAUAGUUUUAGUGAUGUUACUUUGGUACGUAGCGGUAUCCUUAGAUGUAAUCAAUAUAACUAACUGUCACUAAUUUAUAAUUCAACUGUUCCGAAGUGCAUGGAGUGUGCUCUGACGUGUGAAUAGUGUCGUUUUCUCUAUUCAUAGCCUGCCCUGUAUGUGUAGGUGCUUCUGAAGCUCCCGUUCUCGUUACUAGCUUUCGAUGUUCUAUGUAUAGUCUACGGCUGUUAUUGUAAAGUAUAAGUGAAUCGCUUCCAGCGAAGCGUCCGUCUCGGAAUUUGGGUGAUAUCAAACGAAUGUCGAGAGUUCUGUUGACGCCUAUCAUUGAAAAGGUUUGUGAACUUUCAUAUUUAUUUAGAUACUAAAGUUUGUAUUACUUUUAAAAACUAUUUUAUUUGUGUAAUUGUGAUGAAUUUUUAAAAAGAGGUUUAUACAAGGUAGACACGUAGUUUAGUCGUAAUUGUAAAUUAUUUCAUAGAACGCAUUAUCCAAACAUACAGUAGAGUAAAUGUAAGCUCCCAAUCGACUGACCACUUUCCAAAUUUUUCCUAAAUGUUAUAUCAGUUGAAUCGAUCUUAUGGCUCUUGCACUCAGGGUAUUUAUACUGCGUAGUUCUUGCAAAUCGGUCAAGCAAACACUUCCCCCACCACCACCUGCCCGCCUUCGAACGAAGUCUUGCAAGAACUAUUUCUGAUUGUUGCGUCUUUAUAUUACGUGCUCAAUGAGUUAGAUCAUUUAGAUUUCCUAUGACUUUUUGGCCUGCGAUAGCGUCACUGGAUCCUAUCUUGCACUGGUCUCUUGAUCAUUUACACUCGGAUCUGUUGACUUCGGACUUAGCUCCGUAUAACGCAAAUGAAUUGACAUUAUUAUAUUGUGGCUGUGUGAGUGAGACAACAUGCAAAUGGCUGUGACAAUACGCAGUGAUGUUGACGUGCGUCUGUGUGUGCGUGACUGUAGUAAACUGAGACUAUUCUAGGUGCGAGAGUGGGUGCGACUGUUCCUUUGUGAGGGAAAGAUACGGUUUAUAUAUCGUGUCUUUUCCUCCCAACGUUUGGAUGUGUGCGUGUGUUGGUGUAUAAAAUGUGGAUACUAUUGCGUUAUUUCAAUAGAAAAGAUUAUAUUUCUUCAUUUUCCUUUCAAAUUCAAACAAAAACAAAAUGUUACAACGUCGAAUGUAUUAAACUUAAGUAAUACAUAAAAACUUUACAUGCACCUUAGGACAGCGACGCGUUUGCUAAAUAUACAUUAAAACCAAAAUUAAAGACCAAAACUCUGGAACGAAUAUCAUAGCGAAUGCGUCUAGAGAUCUGAUCUUUUUGUGUGUAUUGAGUUUAUCAACGACUGAAUAUAUCAAAGAAAGUCAGAGGUCGAAGGUACACUCUGAGAUCAGACGCCAUGCAAUACAGCUACAUAGAGACAACGACACAUCACCGACACGAGCUUCACACAAGCCAGUAUUAUUGUUACGUUAUAUACGGCGAAGGCUCUUCUGCGCGUGCUAUAGACAACAUUUUGGAUCAGAGACCUGACACCUGAUAUGACUUCAGCCAACUACCGUCAGGUUCUCGCGGCCAAGUCGCAGCUUGUCCACUAAUGUUCUAUGCAUGUCGCGGAAGACAGUUUUCCGUCUGUCGAUAGUUGGUAAUGAGCGCCGUCUCCGCGGUGCGUCUGUUUGUUCGUUGGAAUAGUUAUUGGCUAAUUAUAACACAAUAGAGUGCAUUAGCUUUUAAUAUUAGUGGCGUAUAGUGUUACGAGCCGACAGACAUACGUCACUGAACGUGGUUUACUGUGUGUUGUUAUAAAACAUGGUUAAAAGUUUAUCCAGGAUUACAUUUAACUUAGAGUUAUGGAAUUUAAAAAAACGAAAUCGAGGUUAUUGUUGAAAAUGUUUUAGGUAAUUAAUAUCGGAUUGAGCUUUCGUGACUCUUGUUGUUACUAGUUAGGUUCCGUUGCCGGGCCGUCGUCCGAAUAUUUAACUCUGUGUCUGGACCUUGAGUUACAUAUUUCACUGUCUCUUCACUUGUGUAGUCUCGUAAAGUAGGCUUUUUCGCUGCUAUAUAAUUUAUGAAACUGCAAAGCAUUGUUAAAUUUAUUUAUUGUAUCCUUAUUAGUUAUGUAUAAAGUUUAGAGGUAGCCAUUUUCAUAUAAACUACAUCGUGAGUGUGGAAGUGGUUUAUCUACCAUGUUGUUAAAUAAUAAAUAUACUACAUUGUACCACC